CAUCAGAGGCUCCGCAGCAGCGGAACCCGCCUCAGCGCUCAUGCUUUGUCUUCGCGUCUCGGACUCUCGGAAGCUUCCUCACGCGUUAAGCGAGCGACAGUCACUUCUCUGCAAAACCGAGCAGUUGGAGUUCGUCGAAUGGUCCUGUAAGAAGAGAGGGUCGAGUCGAGAGAGAGAGAGAGAAGAGAACGAGGAGGCGAGAGGAGGAUCGUGGGAUGGGGGAGGAUCCGGAGAAGAGGUUCCACUCGAUCAUGGACAAGCUGUUCCACUCUCCUCCCGCUACCCCGUCUUCCAGUUCGCCUGGUUCGCAAUCGUCGAGGGGAAGGAAGCGUCCAAAUCCGGCUUCUGCAUUAGCAUUAGCAUUAGUGGAUCCCCAAUCGGGAGUCGAUGUGGAAAGCGAGGUUCAGGUUUCGCGGCCCCCAGCUGGAUCGUCCCAAGCUCCAGAAUGCAGACCGUGGGAUCGUGGUGAUCUUAUGAGGAGAUUGUCCACAUUCAAGUCCAUGACAUGGUUCGCUAAACCUAAGGCUGUAAGUGCUGUAAAUUGUGCUAGAAGAGGCUGGGUUAAUGUUGAUAUGGAUAUUAUAGCAUGUGAAGCAUGUGGAGCACGGGUACUUUUUUCAACACCAUCAUCUUGGUCACGGGAGCAAGUUGAGAAGGCAGCUCUGGUAUUCAGCUUAAAGUUGGACAAUGGGCAUAAAUUACUCUGCCCAUGGACCAACAAUGCCUGUGAUGAAUCUCUGGCUCAGUUUCCUCCCACACCACCUCCAGUUUUGGUUAAUCAAUUUAAGCAUCGUUAUAUAUCUCUUGUACAAUUAUCGGCGCUUCCCGUCAUAUCGUCCUCAGCUGUUAAAUCGAUGACAAGCCCUCAAAUGGAAAAUUUUCUUCGAGAUUUUUCUAUGUUGAAGUGUGGUAACGUGUCUCCUGGCUUGUCUUUGGCAAAAUACACUGGAGAUGGAUAUGAUCAGGACUCUGCUAUCCUGUAUUACCAGGCAAUGAAACUCAUAAGUUUAUGUGGCUGGGAGCCUCGCUCAUUGCCGUACAUGGUUAUCGGCAAGGACACCAAUAUUUCGGAUUCACCAUGUAGAAUUUCCAAUAAAGAGAGCACACUUAUCUGUAUUGAUUCUACAGGGAAAGAUAAUACUGCAGGGGCAAAUGGAAACGAUAGAAAUUCAAAAGACUCAUUAUCCGAUCCUCAAUCUGUGGUUCUGGAAUGCAAACUUUGUGGUGCCAGCGUUGGAUUGUGGGCUUUCUCCGCAGUACCUCGACCCUUGGAGAUAUUAAGACUGGUUGGGUUUGCGGAACUUGAUGAUGGGAAGAAUUCCAGUACCCAUGAAUCGGUCCAAGGAGACCAGACUGAUAUUAGGACCAGUGUCUUGACCACAACAUCAAAUAGCCAAACUCCUUCAAAUGAGAUAUCGUCAAACUUGAACUUGAGUAUUGCAGGGGGUCCACCUCCAACACAGCAGAACUUCAAAGCUACAAUUUCUUUGCCUAUAAUUGGCAGGAGUAUUAUUGCUCGGUUGUCUUCUGAUUCUGAUCUUAGAGGUCGCCUAUAUUCUGUUCGAGCUGAGAAUCAGUCGCAUUUAGAGAGAACAACUUUGUGUGAGAAAAAUAAUGAAAGCGCAGAAGAGACCGAUAGGUGUACAAGUGAUAAGCAGCCUCCUUUGAAUCCUGACAUUUCUGUAACAGGUGGAAUUGAUGCCCAAGGAACGUCAGAAUCAGUUACUUUGUGCAGUCAAGAAGUUCCAUUGGUUCCCCAUGCUGAGAACUAUGGAGAAGAACAGACAUGCUUUAAAGUGCAAACUCAAUUUUCCACCGAAUCUAGUUGCCAGGAAGGGCAUGGAGAUGAUAAUGAAAAUGGAGUUCAUGCAAAUAAAGAAUUAGUAGCCUCUACUGCAGAAAAGAUUACCAAGCACCAAUCACUGGAUGAAGGCAUGCAGUUUGAUCCACUCAGACAGCAUAGACAUUUUUGUCCAUGGAUUUCAUCAACUGGUAGUGCUAUGCCGGGAUGGCAACACACUCUAUCCGCCUUAAACCGUGAAAAGGAUGAUUCUAAUUCUGUAACUACAAGAUCUCCUUCAUCGGAUUCCUUUAUUAAGGUGGAUGAUCCAGUCACCUCAGUGAGGAGGCUUUUCACAUCAAAACGAAUGAAGUCCACUCAUGGUUCAAGCUAAGUCCUGAGCAUUGGCAGAUCAAUUUUGGAAGAUUAUAUGGUGAGGACGGAGUGCCGUCAAUCCAUGGGUUAAUUUCGGGAAGCAUCAGCAGGUCACUCCAGAAAGGUUCUUAUCAUUUCUUAUGCAUGCUCAAAAUUGGAGGUGCUGCUCUUGGCAAACAUAGAUGAAAUGCUUGCUGAAUAUCAUUUCUUGGUCUAGCCCAAAGUCAAAUUGAGUGCUUAAAUGUCUUUACCUUAGCCCUGUAUUUUUGUGCUUUUAAUUUUUUCGGCUAUUAAAGUAGCAAAAGAAAAUAUUCUUUUACACGAGUGAACUUUCGCCUCUAGAAAAAAGUGCGGGUGACAAAAAAUUUUGCUACUUGCGUUCCUCA